CGAGCCCACGGCCGCGUCCCGUACUCUACGAAACGGUACCCGCUGAAAGCAGCGCGGUGCUUUCUCGCUUGUAUAAACUCGGGCGGCACGAGGACCGGGCCGCAGUGGCGCGGAAAACAGGCACCGAGGCCCACUUAUCGAGAGCGGGACAGCACGGGGCCGGACAGCGGCCGCUUAUAUACGGGCGGGGCGGCUUGGAGGUCACGGCUUGGUUCUGCCUGCAAGACGCCUCUGCCGAGAUGUGACGCGUUUGAAAGAGACCCAGUGGACAGUGCCGAAGCGGUUAUAGGAGGACGGCUUCUCUGAAGACGUGACCCUUCAAGCAUGAGGACUUAUUCAUGACACAUAAGGGGUCCAAGCCCGAGGCCGCGCCACAGGGACCGCAUGGCGGUGUCGGUCCUGCUGGACGCACGGGGAGCCCGGCGGAGCCCGUCAGCCUGCCCAUCAAGGACGACUACGAACGCCGGCUGCGGCUAGCCAUGGAGCGACGUCAGGAGUACAACGCCUUCCUCAGGAGGAAAGAGAUCGAGGAGGAAGCUAAACGACUCAGGAGACGGAAACACUGCAGGCGAGCGACGUCGCAGCUGGAACACCUCAGGCCUGCACAAAACGAAUCCACGCAAACGCUGCCCACAGAACAGAGUGACCACCGCGUCAGCGCUGUUUCCAGAGGACAGUCGAGAGCAGACGGCACGGUCAACGCCGACGUUAACAACACGGCGUCUAUUCUACCAGCCAUCAACGGGCAGUCGUCGGCUGCUGGCGCCAAAAACGACAAAGAUGGACGACGGUCACGGUUGUGCAACGGCACGAAAAACGGAGAGCUGGCUGUGGUGGCCACGCUGAAAGAAGAAACCGCCAAGCUGAAGGAGGAAAGGGAGGAGUUCGCCAAACUAGUGAGUAGUUUGAAGGAAGUGAUGUCCGAAGUUCAGAAACCUGCCACCAGAGCGGCGUUGACUGCCUGCAUAUCAAGGAGCAGAGGACAAUCACCUGGUCAUGCAGACACUGAAGCAGGAGAUCACGUGACCGCUGAGUGGGAAAGAAGUCAGAGUUUGGACCGGGGCUUAAAAGGGGCUUCGCAACCAAAAGACUUCACUCUACAACUAAGGAAAGGCGGAUCGCAGCCAACGCAGCUGGACACAGGUGCUGCGUCUCUGACAGCGGUGUCUGAGACACGUGCUGGCGGGAGCGAGCGAGCGAUCACAAAGCAAGAGGCCUACCUGAAAGAGCUCGAGGCUCAAAUAAAGGAGAAACAAGAGCGGAUGCUGCAGGAGAAAAUGGAAGCAGCCAGGCUUGACCGAAAAUGCAUAGAGGAGUACCAGGACCCUUGGGGCAGGGACUUGGCGACAGCGUUUGCAGGAGGCAAACGCCCGCGGUUCCUGGGGGACCUGGUGCAACCGAUACAGACGUCCAGCGACAUCAUGCCCUCCAAGGCUCGCUCCGAGUCCAACCUGUUCGGCGACCCGCGGAGGCAGCGCGAGGUGGCCAUGCUCGUGCCCCACCUGCACCUUCUGCUCGCACGAAGGGGUGACGGAGUGCUCUUUAAGCCCAGCAGAAAGCUUGUCCGCAACGUCCUGCCUCCGAACCUGUACCGCAAAGAACUACAAAAACAGCAGAUCGAGGAGAGGCAGCAGCGGCUGGACGAGCAACGCCAGCGUGACCAGGAGGAAGAAGAGAAGCUCGAGAAGCGAGUCCAGCAGCAGCAGGCCAAGAUGUACCAGGAGUACCAGGAGGAGAGGAAGAGGCACAGGGCCAAGGACCAGGUCACCCGACGUCCGGAGCAGACGGUCAAAGGUCAGCACGACAAGGAGAGAAUGAUGAUCGAGACCAAGAGGUCGAUGCCUCAUGCCAAGCCACAGAAGCCGAUGACCCGUCCUCCUGAAGACAGUCGAAAAAUAAGGAGCGACGCGACCCCUGACUUCCGGCCUCCCCGACGGCGAAGCGAGUCACGAGACAGACUGGCCAACAACGUUGAGAUCCUCCGGCGACAACUCGCAACAGAACAGCAGAUCAACAGGAUACAGCAGAUGCAGAGGAACUACGUCGUCACCGAGGCUGGCCGCUGCGAGGACUCAGACUGCUGAGUGGACCCGCUGCUUCGACGCGUUCCAGAAGCGAAGGCUGCUCCCGUAGAUCUACACUUCAUGCCGUUGUUUCCCCAAGUUGCUCUCAAAUCAAUAAAUACGCAUCACAGG